AUGCCACCCCGUACUCGAAAGCGACCCGCCGCGUCUGGUGCCGAGGACUCGGACUCGACCACCUCAUCUAAGAGGUCGAGGACCAAUGACCCAAGCAACAAUGCUGCCGAUGAAGCACCUGCCAAUAUUGCCAACGCUGCCAACGCUGCUAAUGGCAACACCAACAACAACGGUGGAAAUGCUGAUCUCCCCCGACUGCCCCGGAGAGACCGCUGGUCCCCCGCGUCCGUCUCGGGAAACCUAGACACUGACUUUCGCAACAAUAUGCGCAAUCCUGCCAGAGCCCGUGAAUUCCUCUGCUACUGCAAACCGAGCAUUCUUGGUGAAGAUGAUGACGAUGAUGAAUGGGAAGACGAAGACGAAGAUGAAGACGAAGAACACAGGAAAGGAGACGAAAAAGAAGGCGAAAACGGAGACGUCGUUGAACUGGAAGACGUAAAGAAACGCUGCGACCAUGGUCGGACAUGCAUCUGCGGCAAACCUGCUGCCGCCCAUCCCGAUCAUCCUUGGUGCAUGACUCGGGCCGGUCGUCAGCUCGUAUUUCAGUGUCAUGUUCAAUCCCAGAUUCGCUGUCCCGAUAAUUUCGACGCCUAUACUUACAACGACCAUACGGGCCGAGGCAUCCUCCAAGUCUUGCAGAACCUCUUGCUUGACUAUGACGAGGCCGAUGACGACUGGUUUAGGCAAUGGGCUGUUUGUGAGACCAUCGUGGAGAUCCUGCCUCGAGACGCUUUCUCGCCUCUAUUCCAAAUUGACGGGUCUGAUGAUUUGAUGGUGGCCGUCGAGAUGGUCGGCCUCUUGUUCCUUUCUAUGCUUGCCCGCCUGGAGCGUGAAGGACAGCUCUCGCCCGAUUCCGAGGUGAGGGACCUUGCGGCUGUCAUGGGUCUCUACAUUGAGCUGGCCGAUUGCCUCUCCGAAGUGGGCCUUGACCCUGAACUUGACUCCGAAGAGGACGCGCCACCCGAAAAGAAUCAGAAGAAGGAGACCAGCGGAAAAGCCAGAAAGGCUGCCUACAAGUAUAAGAAAGGCACCUGGCCUCGCUUGAUCGCCGCGUACGCCGCGAAGCAUAACAUCACGCUCACGGGCCGCCUGCCCAAGCUGGAUGCAAAGCUGGCCUCUGGAGAAUUCGCCGCUUUACCCCUGCCCCCAACCACUCGGGACACCUGGGGCUGGAAGAAAACCCUGAAGAAGUAUACCAGAGACAACGGCGUUCCGUUCUUCGAAAAUGGUCUGGGGCCCGUAACCAUUGGAGGAGACUCGCUCGAUCUGACCUCGUGGACCAGUGCGGAGCGUAAGGAGGUUAGUUUCAACGGUAAGGACCCCCUUGGUCCUCGCCAAAGGAAGGCUAUCAGGGAUGGCCUGGUUGUGAUGCUCGGGUGA